UCUGCUUGUUCCAUUCACUCACAACUCUCUUCGUUUUGUGUAUCGCAGAAAGUGAAUUGAAUAAUAUAUUUUAAAAAUUAGAAUUCUGCUCCAAGAGUAAACCAAUAAACUGAUAGUUUCACCAAAACCAACUCCCCUACGAUGUAUAUUUGCAUAACUUAGCAAUUGCCAGAUGAUUUCUAAACUUUUAAAUCCGCAAAUCUGCAGCUUUUGGGAGUAACUUAACAAGUACGAAGACGACGGACUACCUGUGAAAAUUAUGGAGAACCGCUUUGAGAGUGGGAUCUUUUCGGAAGCAUCAUCGUACUUUAUCUCGGACAGUUCAGAUGAGGAUUCGGAUGAGUGCAGCGAUGUGCCAACAUCAAAAGCACCCGGAACCCCUGAUGUGUCCGCUGCUGCCGUCGCUGCCAGUGUCGAAGUUAAUUUGCACACGAUGUUAAUGAACAGAGAGAAUUGUGGACACUUUUCCGGUAAUCGUAGGAACAAACAAAUGAAGCGUGCAUUUACUAAAGUGCCAAGUAGAUUAGGAUUUUGUCUUAAAGAUAUUGUGCCGUAUUGUUAUUUACAAGGUCAUAUGUUUAUGGGCCUCACAGCUUGCGGACAAUAUCUUCUUAGCUAUAAGGUGUGUUGCAACGAAAGCUCUAAUGCGAAUGCCUCAUAUUUUAAUAUUGGAUAUAAGUACACAUUAUAUUUCUGGAUUUAUCGACCCCACCAGCCCUUGCGUAGAUUCUUUAAAAGUUGUCUUUUUGACGAUCAUGGCGCUGAUAAUCUGAAAACCGUUACAAUGGCCCAAUGGGUGACUAAUCCUAGAGUCCUGAUUGUCCAUGGAGCGGCAGAGAAUGAAAAUGAAGAGUCCUACCUAACUUACGUAAAAGUUCCUAAACUAGGUUGUUUGGAUUGCAAGAAGUUGCGUGAAUUUGACGAAGAUGGAUUUUCUCGUUGUGACGCUCUAUGCAUCAAAUGCAAUCUAACAAUUCACACAAAAUACUCAACGACAGAAUCCGAUCCAAAAUUCAAUCCACAUAUCAAUUUGAUAUGUCCCAAUAGGGUUAUAAUAAUUGCCAAUGGAUUUAUACACAUGCUGCAUGUGGACUUAGAGGCCGCGCCCAACAACAAUCAUAACAACCAUCCUCAAUCGAUUGCAGCUGUGGCAGCAGUGGUGCGUUGCACUCCGCCCCAAGAGGUGCAUCAUCAUCAUCAUCAGCAGCAACCGGUUGUGGAGAAGAAACAGCCAUCCACGGCCUUCCCCAGACAAACUCCGGUAGCUAAAGAAGAAACAAUUGGUUGUGAUAACACGAAUAACAUAGUCGCGCGGAUAAUCGCCGACUUCUCGGACAUCGAAAACGAGGCUCAGACGAGUGGCAGUGGCAGCGGAGAGAAGGCGGCGCAUAGACUGGGGGAUCCGGCGAAAACUAAGAACUUCGACGAGUUGAUCUUCACAUGCGGCCUGAGCUCGGGGGCCGGAUCCUCGAAUUCCUCGAAGAGCCAGACAACAAGCAGCCCAGCAGUGGGCGGUAGUCAGACGAAAGUCAGUUUGGUGAAUCACCAGGGCAAGCGCAAUCAUCGAAUCGUCACAAAGUCCUAUCGCAACGGCAUAACAACGGUGGACUUACAGGGAGCCAGCACCAGUUCAAGUGACAAGGCCAGCGCCUACGAGUUCUCCGAGGACAAUGAGAAGUGCGAGAAGAUCGGGACGUUCCGGAAGCGGCGUCUGGCCGACAAGAAGUACGAGUUCUCCGAGGACAACUCGGAGAACAUUAUUCCAUUUACAAAAAUACGCAUGACAACUCAGCAAAUGCUCGCGGGCAGCGCGGCGGCUGCGAAUCGCCUCCAUCGGGCAGCAACUAGUCACUUUUACUCGCCUUGUGUUUCGCCACCAUCGACGUCAGUGUCUCAGACCAACGAGAACAUCUCGUCGGCUGUGGCGGCGACGACGGCGCCAGUCCAUCAUUACCAUGGAUUUAGGUCGCCGUGCGGUUCGCCAGUGGGCAAUACGAUGAUCCGAUCGCCAGGGCAUCUAUUCCAACAGCAGAAGUCGCCACCUUCCAGCACAUCCCAGCAGAUGCUUAAUUUCAAGCCACUCACCACGAUCUCGCCGCUGCAAGUGUCGAUGGCCAAGCGGAAUCACUAUGAAAUUGGGAAUAUGUCCCCAACCACGGUGCCGUUCCUGUCACCUAGGCGAGACGAGCCGAAGACUCUGGAGGUUCCACUGCAGGGUGGCUUCGGUCAGGAAAAGCCCACAUGCACCAAGAAGUUUAAAAGACGCUUCGUCGAGGAAGAUGAUGCUGCUUCGGUUAUAACCAGUGAAGAAGAUGACUGCAUCUCACCGGGCUAUCACACCUCAUUGCCAAUGGAGGUGCACGGGUCGUGCUACUCGGACAUGCAAAUGAUCUCACAGAUGUCCUAUGAGAAACUGCGAUGUGUGUCGGUGGUGAUAACGCAGCACUCCUUCGAUCUGGAGACCUUCACCUACUACGUCAUCAGCAACUUGUGCCAGAAGAACAACAAGAUCUAUGAUGUUUUCUACGACUGGGCCUGUGAACUCAUCAAUGUCUGUCCAAGGAGCAAUCUUAUCUCCUGCGUCCUGAUGGCCCAUUUCACAGCACGCGAUCAACUUCCCACCACUUGCAACAACUGCCUGAACUGCUCAAGGAACAUUGACUGUGUUUUCCAUCGGAAACAAUUCGAAUGUCGCAUCCUGUUCACCUGGAACAUGGAACUAGGCGACUGGGAUGUCCUGGACUAUGGCGAGCUGCAUGAAUUCAACCGAAUCGGCCAGCCCUACGACAGCGGCAGUACAAAGUCGUCCAAGUCUUUCGGAGGUGGCCUCUCGCAGACGGCUAAGUCGCUGGCUCAAGAUCUGGCUGCUAGUUUGGAUAAAUUGCAGGACUUCUCGUCGAAUCUGCGGGUUUGGGACUCGAAUGUUAGCAAAUCCAAAGCGUGUCUCACUGAUUUGGACAAUGUGAUUGAAUUCUUUCUUAAGCGACCUAGAUUUAGUGAGUAAAGAAAAAGAGAGGGAUAGAGAGGAGGGAGAGCCAGAGAGAGAGAGAUGGUGGUUCGGUGCAAGAUGACUAGAAACGCCGCCUUGAGAUGUGUGUAUCAGUUGCUUGAGUUGAGCUUGACUGAUCAAUUGAAAAGACUUCUAUUUAACUGAUUUUUAGUUUUAAAAUAAAUUAAAAAAAAUAAAAUUAUGUCAAUGAAUGUGAUUUGAUUUGUAUAAUUUUUAAGUUUCUUUUGUCAUCAUGAUUAAUUAUUAAUAUUGUCAGAGACAUUUCAUUAUUAUUAUUUUGUUUAUGUUUUUUGUAAUUUAAGAAUUUCAAGAACUUUAUUGAAAAUUUAUUAUUUUUGGUCAUACUCAUUGUAAGAGGGGAGAAGGAUUUAUGAUUUAUGAAAUUUUAAGAGUGAGAAAAUAAUUGUUCAUAAUGUUAAAUAACUAAAUUGUUAUUUCUAUGAACGAAAUAUAAAAUACACAAAGAUAUUAAA